AUGGAUAUCGCGACAACAAGUGCACCGGGCGCAUCAACAGUAGCGCCGGAAGUUGGAAACUGGUUGACGAAUUUUUUUAUUCAGCAUGCAAGCCAAGGCAGCUUCUGGCAAGGUUUCCUGGCUUCCCUCUCCGUAGUCAUCGUCUCCGAGUUAGGCGAUAAGACUUUCUUCAUCGCUGCCAUCAUGGCGAUGAAACAUCCUAGGAUUAUAGUGUUUGCUGGCGCAAUUUCAGCCUUAGUGUUCAUGACUGUACUCUCAGCUGGUUUUGGCUGGAUAGCAACUGUUAUACCCAGAGUGUAUACAUUCUAUAUUAGUGCAGUUCUAUUUGCUAUAUUUGGUGUUAAAAUGUUGUAUGAUGGGUGGAAGAUGGAUCCUAAUGAGGGGCAAGAAGAGUUACAAGAAGUACAAAUUGAACUGAAGAGGAGAGAAGAGAGGGAAGACAAAGAAGAAUCCGAAGAAAUGUUAGAACAAGGUCGAGCUGAAAGGAAAAGGCGAAAACGAAACGAUGUCUUAAAGGUGUUACUACAAGCCGCCUCCUUAACUUUCCUCGCAGAAUGGGGAGAUAGGUCGCAAGUGGCUACUGUGGUUUUAGCGACAACGGAGAAUGCAGUCGGCGUGGUCGUCGGCGGCUCUUUGGGACAUUCUCUUUGUACCGGUCUGGCUGUCAUAGGCGGUAGAUUGAUCGCCUCUAAAAUUUCUGUUAGAACUGUUACCAUAAUCGGUGGUAUUGUAUUCCUGUUCUUCGCUGCGAGUGCACUUGUCAUGGGUCCUGGUGAAUAG